UCCGAUUGGAAAACAACGAUUAAAGUCUUCGAAAUGAAAACCUUUUGUGGAGGUCUGUUAUUUGCCUUUCUGGUGGGCGGAAGUUUGGCGGCUCCCCACGGAGGACAUGCCACCAGCUACAGUUCGGUGACCAAGCACGAGGAGCCCAUCCACAAGAGCCAUGGCUAUGGAUACGACCACGAUGUGAUCAGUGUGUAUGGAGGCAACUAUGGACAUGGUUAUCCCAGUGCCGGUUACUCCGGAUACGGCUAUGGAUAUGACAAGCACGAGCCAGAUCACUAUCCCAAGUACCACUUCGACUACGGUGUAAAGGAUGCCCACACGGGAGAUCAGAAGAGCCAGUGGGAGACUCGGGAUGGCGACAAGGUCAAGGGCAGCUACUCGCUCAAGGAAUCGGACGGCACAACUCGAGUGGUGGAGUACACCGCCGACGAUCACAAUGGCUUCAAUGCGGUGGUCAAGAAACUGGGCCACGCCCACCACCCACAGGUUUAUCAGAAGACCUACGGACAUGGCGAUAUCUAUGGAUCCAACUACGGUUACGGCCACGAUGUGGCCCACUACGGACACGGGGGAUACGGACAUGGACACGGAGGACACGCCAGCAGCUACGUGAGCGUGAAGCAACUGCACUGAUUCAAGGACCUCUGAGAUGGACUGCCAGGAUGAAACCGAUCUGAAACAGAUAUUUAACAAAGCAACAAAAUAACCUGA